AUGUCUGCGAAUCGCGCUCCUGCCGCCAUACCCUACGACCUUCGCAAGAAGCACAUUCCUCGCAUCCCAUCCCCAGCCCCGAACCAGGAUCCCGCUGGCAAUUAUACUCCGAUGGCCGCUGCAAGGAAGAUAAGAAAAAUGAGGCAAAAGAAGGCGUCUGAAGCGUCUAGAGCGUCUGGAGCAAGGAGUUCUGCUGAGAGACCUCAGGCAAAGGCGCCGGCGAGCCAAAAACGCUCAUUGCCAGCACCUUCCAACGCGUCAAAACGUGUCAGAUUCGAGAUAUCCAAUGAAGCCGUUACUGAGUCGGUCCCUGAAGCUGUUGGUGACGCGUCUGACGAUGCCCCGGUCGAUACUCCUGCCAAUGCUCCUGACGAAGUAUCCGAUUUGCAGGAAUCCGUUGAUAAUGAGUCCCCUCGUGAGCCUCCUGCUGAGGACGAGGAAGAGGAAGCUGCCAGAGCGCUUUAUACCACCAAAGAACGCUUAAGAAGCUCGU